AUGGUGAUUGGCCAGGCCAUGGCCAGGCCCCAGGCUCGCCCCGCGGCGAAGCAGGAAGGAACGGAAGUGGACCGCCGGAAGUUCUCCCUUCGGCUAAUCCGAAAGCGCAAUGGACGGGCCUUGUUUUACCCGUCAGCCAAUGAACAUAGAGCCUGCCUCCGGAAGUCCCGCCCCCGGAGGCGGGCACGGCGCCUGCGCGGUCGCAGCCUCGGGGGCGGCACCUACUUCGUGACCACCAGGCAGACCCUAGGCCGGGAGCCCAAGUCCUUCCUCUGCCGCCUGUGCUGCCAGGAGGACCCGGAGCUGGACUCGGACAAGGACGAGACUGGAGCGUAUCUGAUUGACCGAGACCCCACCUACUUUGGUCCUAUCCUGAACUACCUCCGACAUGGAAAGCUCAUCAUCACCAAGGAGCUGGCAGAAGAAGGUGUGCUGGAGGAAGCAGAGUUUUACAAUAUCGCAUCUCUCGUGCGGCUGGUUAAGGAAAGGAUACGAGACAAUGAGAACAGAACUUCACAAGGCCCCGUGAAGCACGUGUACAGGGUCCUGCAGUGUCAAGAGGAAGAGCUCACUCAGAUGGUCUCCACCAUGUCUGACGGCUGGAAAUUCGAACAGCUGAUCAGCAUUGGCUCCUCCUAUAACUAUGGAAAUGAAGACCAGGCAGAAUUCCUCUGUGUUGUCUCCAGAGAACUAAAUAAUUCUACCAACGGCAUCGUCAUAGAGCCAAGCGAAAAGGCCAAGAUUCUUCAGGAGAGAGGCUCACGGAUGUAAACGGAGGAUCUGAAGUUCCAGAACCCUGAA